CCAAAAGUGUGUACUUGCAUUUUAGGUCUAGGUUGAAUGGGCAAGGAUUCGAAGGCCAAGGAGAGCGCCAAGGGCAAAUCCAAGCAAAGUGGAGGUGGAUCGGCAGCUGAGGCGCCGUCCAAGGGCAAAUCGAAAGGCGGCGGUGGCAGCGGCAAGGAUGAGCUCGGGACGUGCACGUAUGUCAAAGCCAGGCAUGUUCUCUGCGAGAAACAGGGACGGAUCAACGACGCCUACAAGAAGCUCCAGGACGGAUGGAUAAACAACGGCGACAAAGUCCCACCGGCGGAGUUCGCAAAAGUCGCUGCCGAGUUCUCUGAGUGCCCGUCUGGAAAGAAAGGCGGGGAUUUGGGAUGGUUUCCUCGCGGGAAAAUGGCCGGCCCCUUUCAGGAAGUCGCGUUUUCUACGCCCGUCGGAUCAACCAGUGCUCCUUUCAAAUCAACGCAUGGCUACCACUUUAUACUAGUAGAAGGUCGAAAGAAUUGAGUGUAAUGUUGAUAUCACCCCUGUUACAAAGCUUUAGCUGAUGUAAAGGUUUUACUAAGGUUUUUGGUGUG